AUGACUGAGCUGGGAAAAAUAGACGGGACGUACAGGGAGAUGUUUGAGGUAUGGAAUAGAGGGGAAAGGACCGUAGCGGUACUUGGGAGUAGGAUGUGGUUUGAAAAGGCGGGAAGGGAUAUCGAUUUGAUAGACAGACUAGGGAAGACGAUUUGAGCCACCUUUGGCAAAGUAGAAAGGAACGAUUGGCCAUCGGUGAUCGGUCCUGUGGGAACAAUGCCCCGUCCUCUCAAGGGCGCGUGGCUAAUGUUCUAACCGCUAAGGCAUGCAAAACAUAAGAGUACGCCCCCCCCCCCUAGAUGCUGCGGAACCCCUUCGGCCGUGUCCCAAAGCUUGGGAAGAAUGGUACGGACCGUGCGGACACGACGAGAAAGGUUUGAGGCCAAUGGGAGCUGUUUCGACGGAGGUUAGAGACGAUUACUGCUUCCUGACAUGCUGGGGAGCUCCCCGGUAACAUCAUAUCUCUGCAGCCACCGGUCCGAUUUAGCUUCCAAAUAAAUAGCAUUAUUGCAGAAAGCUGUAUGUAGUACAUAGCUACACGAUGCAGCAAUUGGUUUGAGGUCGAUUGGAGCUCUGCGGGUGGAAAUCUGCCUGGUGGAGCUUCCAAAUACUACCUCUGUCCGAGAAUAUAAGCAAGGUUUGGUCGUAAGGCAAAAUACACCGCGAAAGCGAGCUGUUCAGUGGCCGUGAGUUCGAUCCUGGGUUCAAACACCUUUUUUUUUCGGAAAAACGCUUUUUUUUUUUUUUUUUUCAACGCCUUCCCUUCAUUUUGGCCCCUCGAAGUUGCUGAUUUUUGCCACUCUGGAACUUUGGUCCCGGUCAGCACCAAAGAACUAUCGAAGAUACUUCGCAACGUGAUUGUACAGGUUGUUCAAGUACCCAAAAAUACAAAGAAAAAAAAACGAGGAAAAAAGCACUAUUCAUUGCCGCAAACGAGAGAAAAAAUGGGACCCCUUUUUCCCUACUGAGCGCUAUGGCAGGGAAAUCAAUGUUUCUCCGGGGAGGGGAUGAAACCUUAUCAUCCCCUCUUAUGUUGGUUUUUUCUUGGCCGCUUAUCAUAUCCGAGCUUGACGCAAAAAAAUAGGAAGGAAACGGUGUCCAAAACACCUUGAAACACCUUCAUCGAGAAAGCUUGCUUAUAUUCCCGGAUUUCCAAACCUUGCUUAUAUUGUCGGACAGAGGUAGUAGCAUUGCAGAAAGCUGCUGUAGUACAUAGCUACACGAUGCAAUUGGUUUGAGGUCGAUUGGAGCUCUGCGGGUGGAAAUCUGCCUGGUGGAGCAUGUUAAUAAGAGGUUACUCCACCGGUGGAGUAAACAGCAUUGAUUGCCGAUGAUCGGUGUGACGGCACGAGGCUGGGAUCAGAAUAUUUUGUUUGAGAGUAGAUGUGACAGAUUUGCGUAGAAUAGGGGCUAGACUCACCCUUAAGGGAUGACCGAAACCUCCUUGCUGCUGCAUCCGCCGCGAGGCUUGCGUGUGGUGGUGGAGUUGGGUCGGCACUGAUGGGGUCAGGCGGGAAAAUGUAGAUGCACGGGCCUUUCUGGCCGUCGGCGUAGGCAGUGAUGCCCAUCUCAUUUUUGUGCGCGGAGGCAGACAACAUCAGAAAGGUGGACGGGCACUAAACGGCUCUAGGUUUGCUAGAGGGAGCUGUAUUGCCUCAGUAACCUGGCUUCGCCAUCAAAGGAGGAGGGAGAAGGUGGCGACGAGCUGAACUGGGCUGGUUGACCCCUCGGCGCGAGAAUUUUUAUUUUUUUUAGACCAAGAACCUUGAGUGCAAUGAGGGAGAAAGCGAGGAACGGACUGCGAAGGACAGCAACGAGAGCGUGUACGGACGGAGCAGGUCGAGUGGCGUUAUGCUCGGGCUGACUACAGCGGCGCCGGAUGGAGCAGUGGCACCGGAGCAUGCGGGCGACAUCGACCCGUGGCGCACGGACAAACAUUUAUAUCUGAUCUGUGUUGUCAAUUUUUCUCGUUUUUUUCCUGAUUUUCGGUGUUGGUUCUAUGUGAUGACGUCGUCACUGGUUUUGUAGAGAGACCCGUCAGAGAUGGCGUGGCUAACCCGGGUGCCUUGGUUAUGUGCCUGAUCGUGGAAGACCCCUUCAAUGUGGAACGAUUCUUAGCUAGUGUCGAUAUUUUUCACUGCAGUGCCUAACACAGACGAUCGGGAGAGAUUCGGGUGAUUGUCAAUUGCUGCUAUGAUGGCUUUGGUUGGUUGUUCUUUUUCACUGUACGGCCGCAGACACAUUCUGACAGCACUUCAGACAGCAGCUUUGUGCCCCGCCAGCUGCUUGUUCCAUGCCUACCAUGGUGUUUUUGUACAGACAGCACUUCAGACAGCAGUAUGCUGUAGUCGGCAAUCUUCCGUUUUGGUAUAGAGUGGGACAGGGAGGGGGUGAUGCUACUGUAGUCGAACGGUGGGACGGACGUGCAGUUCAGUUUUUGGGCACGCAUACGGUGCUGCAGAUAUUUUUAGGUGUACCUCUUCGGGCUCUUGGAUACCUUUUUCUCGUCAUAUGUGUGCGUGCUCUUUAGAUCCU